AGUCGUGUAGAUAAAGGUCUCUGAUCGAUGUGCCAUGGCCUUUAUGUCACUGAACGAUUACAAUGAUGUACGGAUUGAUAUGCCUUGGGGCCACAUAUCCGGUCGCUGGUAUGGAAAUGGCAAUGUACGGCCAAUACUUGCUAUUCAUGGCUGGCAGCAUAAUCGACGUACCUUUGAUGCACUCAUUCCGCUGAUGCCCAGUUACGUGGGCCUGCUAUGUAUUGACCUGCCAGGGCAUGGAAAUUCCUCGAACCUUCAAACGGGUAGGCAGUAUUCUAUUAACGACUACGUUCUCAUCAUUGCACGCAUCAUGAAGGAGUAUAAAUGGACACGAAUGUCGUUGAUGGGCCACUCAAUGGGCGCAGCUAUAUCAUUAAUUUACGCCGCUCUCUACCCCUACACCGUAGACAUAAUUAUAUCGCUAGAUUCGAUUAUGCCGCCACUACAAACUCUCGCAAUAAUCGACCACGUGGAGGAUAAUCCGGAGCAGCACUUAAUUGACGAUGACGACUCGGAGCCCCAUACCAGUCAAGUUCACAAUCUGUCUGUCGAUAUAGCACGACGCAUUGGGAAUAUACCCUUUCUCGUUAUCAACGGCUCAGAUUCAUCGUAUAUCGACAAAAACUUUAACUACGUCGUUGCCAUUCUAAGCGAGCACAAUUGGUACUUCGAGUACCACACACUGCCUGGAAAUCAUGAUGUUCAUCUCACCAAUGCCGCAGAAUGUUCCAAAUAUAUAGUACCCUUCAUACGCCGACAUCGUCCGCAGAUACCUACGAGCUGUUCAUUGCUAAAUGAGAAGAGCGCACUGCGAAGAAAGCUAAAGCAGCAGCAGGAACAAAAGUCUUCAGUUGCGAGCAAAUUAUAAAAAAACAUAGUUAGGAGAUAUGACGGCUUACUAUUGCGAAUCACAUGUAAUUAUGAAUAAAUAUAUUUUUAGUGAGGCUUUUCUUACAGAAAAUUGAAAUAUUAGACAGUUCAAUACCAUGA